CUGGCGCUUCGGAUACGCCACACUAUUCUUCUUCGCAUUCCUUCAGUUCAAUAUUGUUUUGUGUUUUGUUUUGCCUUUUUUUACCCAACGCUUCCUAUUUUCUGCCCUUCGGUUCGUUAGAAAUAGUUGUGAAAUAUCCGGAAAAGUAAAUCGCCUUCCACCGCGGGCAGCGAGACACCUACAAUGGCUUUCCGCCAGCCGGAGCAUGAGAUGAGCGUCACCUCGCUCGAUUCGAGCGUCGAGCUGCGAUCGCGAUCACCGUCGCCGCAGCUCUUCAAUCCGCGCAAGCUUCGCUUCGCCGACGACGACUUUGACAAGGACCCGCCCGAAGGAGCGAGUCCGCAUCAUCCCCUCCACCAGCAUCAGCGGCAGAAGCUAUCCUCCGGCGAGGAGCAUCAUCUGGGCAGCAAGGACGAUGCCGGCGACGGGGACGUGUCCAUGUCGCCUCCGUGCCAGAAGGUGCGAGCACUGCGCCUCUUCAGCACCCCGGCCACCCCAAAGACCAUCCUGCAGAAGUCGACGACGCAGUGCAGCAAUCAUCUGUCGGCGGCAGCAGCGGCAGUGAACGCCACCCGGCGCAGCGAGGAGCUCUUCCGCGAGCGUCCGCGAUCCCUGCCCCUGCACAACCGCAAACUGCCCACCCAGGACACGGCAAAUGUGAAUCCCUUCACACCAGACAGUCUCCUCGCUCACAAUAAGAAGCGUUGUCGCACGCAAUUUGGACGCGAAAACCUCAACCUGAAUGUGAAUGCUAUGCAAAAGUAUUUGCUCAGCGAUGCCUGCGACGAUGAUACGACAGAAGAGGCGGGCGACUCACUGCGCGAGAUCCACCAGCAGGCUCCUAAGCGGCUGGCCCUGCACGACACGAACAUCAGUCGCUUCAAGCGGGAGUUCAUGCAGGUCAACGUGAUCGGCGUGGGCGAGUUUGGUGUGGUGUUCCAGUGCGUCAAUCGACUAGAUGGGUGCAUCUACGCGAUCAAGAAAAGUAAGAAGCCGGUGGCAGGCAGCUCUUUUGAAAAGAGAGCCCUGAACGAGGUUUGGGCCCAUGCUGUUCUGGGCAAGCACGAUAACGUGGUUAGGUACUACUCCGCUUGGGCGGAGGAUGAUCACAUGCUGAUACAGAACGAGUUCUGCGACGGGGGCAGUUUGCAUGCGCGGAUCCAGGAUCAUUUCUUGGGCGAAGCCGAUCUGAAGAUUGUGCUCAUGCAUGUGAUCGAGGGCCUGCGCUACAUCCAUUCCAAUGACCUGGUGCAUAUGGAUCUAAAGCCGGAGAACAUAUUCUCCACUAUGAAUCCGAAUGCCCAUAAGCUGGCCGAGGAGCAGUCGCAGCAGACCAAAGACGACGAUGGCAUGGACAGCGUCUACGAGGAACUACGCCAUUCGGAAAACCUGGUAACGUACAAAAUCGGCGACCUGGGCCAUGUGACUUCCGUUAAAGAGCCCCAUGUCGAGGAGGGCGACUGCCGAUAUCUGUCCAAGGAGGUCCUUCAGGAGGACUACUCGAAUCUCUUCAAGGCCGACAUCUUUUCGCUGGGCAUCACGCUCUUCGAGGUGGCGGGCGGUGGUCCGCUUCCUAAGAAUGGACCCGAGUGGCACAAUCUGCGAAAUGGCAUGGUACCGGUCCUGCCAAGUCUCAGCAGAGACUUCAACGAACUGAUAGCCCAGAUGAUGCACCCAAAUCCCGACAAGAGGCCCACUUCGCAGUCUAUAUUCAACCAUCCAAUUCUGAGUGCCGUCGACUCCAAGAGCAAGCUGCAGCUCGGUCUGGAGCUGACCGUCGAAAAGCGCAAGAACGAGAUUCUAAUGAACAAGCUGAGAGAGGCCAAAAAACAAAUUAAACUACUCGAGCAAAGGGUCAACCUCCUGGCGGUGACCAACAAUCCGGAUAGUCUGGAUGGGCAGCGAUGCCUUCGUUCCUUCACGCGACGCAUGCGCACGCCAUUCUCCAGCCAUGGCAAGUUCGAUGGCAUAUCCGAUCGCAACAAGAACAUUAUCACCAAUAUCUGAUAAGCUCGCACCUCAUACCGAACCGAUAGCCAAACUCUUCCGAAUCGAACGUGAACUAAGCUCACAUUGUGUUACCUCUUAAGCGUAUAUUCAUAUAAUCGAUAUAUAUUUUGUAGUUUCCGCUUCACUAGAUCCUUACCUUCAACCUCAUUUAACACUUGUGUUUCAAGCUCGUGGAUUAAGAAGCAUUCGUAAUAUAAUAUAUAUAUUUUUCAAGCUCAGUGAACUUUUCUUCGUAGAGAAAGCACGAUCGUUUUAAGAAAAGGCCCCCGUAAGUUUUAAGAAUACCACUUAGCUGUAAUGAGUAUUGUUUUCGAAAUUAAAAUAUUUAUUAUGUUACAUGGAAAUCGAUAUAAUAACAUUCCAUUCGUUAAAUAUAGCGAAUGCUAUUCCAUAA